GAUACUUCCGGGUGUGCCAUUUUUUUUCCUCCCGUUUGGGGGAGCGGCUUGUCGGUUUGGAAACUCUUAUCUUCCGGACUGCGAAGAACUUUCCAAAACAGGCUGAUCUGGACACGGGGAGCCCCCCCCCCUCCGCUUCCCAGGAUUUUGCAGAGAGAAGGACGCCAGGCGAGGAACACAAUGGCCCAGAUCCCUCUUUCCACCUAUGUUUGAAACCAUCUGUUCCCCUGUAUAAAGAUGUCACUCAUGGACCUGGGGAAGAAGCUCCUGGAAGCAGCCCGCCAAGGCCAGGAUGAUGAAGUCAGGCUGCUAAUGGCCAACGGAGCCCCCUUCACCACCGACUGGCUGGGAAUAUCAGCCCUUCACCUCGCUGCUCAGCACGGGCAUUAUUCAACGGCCGAAGUUCUGCUUCGGGCCGGAGUCAGUCGAGAUGCUCGGACCAAGGUUGACCGGACGCCCCUCCAUAUGGCAGCUGCAGAUGGUCACGGCCAUAUUGUCGAGCUGCUGGUCCGGAACGGUGCUAACGUGAACGCCAAGGACAUGCUGAAGAUGACCGCUCUGCACUGGGCCACCGAACACAACCAUCGAGACGUUAUUGAGCUGCUUCUCAAAUGCGGGGCGGACAUCUAUGCCUUCAGCAAAUUUGGCAAGUCCGCUUUCGACAUCGCUUUGGACAAGAAAAAUCCUGAAAUUUUGUUGCUGCUGCAGGAAGCGAUGCAGAAUCCAGUCAGUGCCAACCCCGACAGGGUGCAUGCUGUCCCAGGCUCCGUGACAGUGACCCAGCCCUUCAUUCUGGCUUCCGGAGAACUGCUGAGCCUGGCCGGCAUUGUUUCUUCGGUGGAUACCAAAGCAACCUCAGGAAAUUCCAUUGUUUCCAUGGGGCAAUUUCUAGAUUCUACCUCCUCUGUUCUAGCUACCCUGGCGGCUGUCGCAGAGGCCUCUGGCCCCAUUUCCAGUGCCAACCAAAUUCCUGCUGUCUCGGAAGAAAUUGUGGAAACUCUACCAGACGAUACCUCUCUCCGGCAGGCGGUUGGUGGCGGCCAGCAUGUCCUCAUGCUCGUGACCGAGGGCGUCCCUGAGGGUCCUCUCCAGGCAGCUCUGCCGGCCACUCACCUAGGACAGCAGUUCAUUGUAAUGAUGCCGAAGGAGCAGGAAGUUCUGAUUGUGCCUGCUGGUCAGGAGGCAGAAGGACCCCCCCUCAAGACCCCGAGCAAGAAUAACCACGUGGCCGAAGCAGAGAAGCCGCCCUCCAAGAAAGUCAAAAUGAAACCAGCGGGGGAUGGAAAAGAGGAGGAAGAAGAGGAGCAGGAAGGGAGAGAGGACGGCCACGCCAAAGAAGCUUUGCAACAGCAGCUCCAGGAGGCCAAUCACCAAGCGGCAGAAUACCGAAGCCGGCUGCUGAAGAAGGAGCAGGAAGCUGAGCUCUAUCGGCAGAAGCUGGCAACCAUGAGCCAGCAGAAGGCCGGCACGGGAGAAGGGGCUGCCCAGGAGGAGCUCAGUGGAGCUGACACCAUCAAGGUGUCUUCGGAAGAAACGGGACAGGGGCAGCUCCAGGACGACACAGACACCGAGACGGUCACUUCCUAACCCCCAGGUUGUUGUUUUGCCGCACUUGUUAAAAAAGGCAACCAAAGUUUUGCCCCAGGAAAACUUGAGAUGGGGGAAUGUGGGAGCAGGUUCUUGAGGCUGCCCCUCAUCAACCCUCUAACGGGCUCAUUCUGGGGGCUUGAAGCCCCCGGGGGUCUCCGUUCUGUUCAACAGAGGCCUUUAAGGCAAGCCAAGGAACUCAAAAGUCCCCUUAGAAAGAUCAGCGUGCAGGCACUGUCUUGGGAAAGGCCCCGUGUCUUGGGGCAGUCCCGGGGUGCAGGAAGAGGGAAGAGUGCUCUGGGAAAAACCCCUGAAUCGGCUGAGAGCCAAGAGCAGCCAAAGGGAUCCGGCCAGCUCAGACAAGAGCCAGAAAUGUUGUCCAGAUGCCACAUUCUUGCAGUGGAGGUUGCUCAAAGGAAGUGGGGCUCUACCAGCCCCCACCCUCCCGAACCUAAAUGACAGAUCUAUCCGAAGUCCUAAAAAAAAGCUUGCAAAAUUGCAACGGGGUCAUCAAAAGCGAGGGAGUCGCAGGACGUUCCCGCUGCGUGGAAAUCGCCCCCUGCUUCAGCCGUCAUGCAGUUGUGUUAGCGUGAGCUGCGUUAACCCAGAUUUAUGACAGACGGGCCACUCUUUUCAACAAACCCUGUUUGCUGGCUAUAGGAAUGUGGAGUUUGUGGCCUUCCCACUGGUUUGUGGACCGAGUUAAGAAGGGCUGGGCCUUGUGGUGCAGCCACGUCAGAAGAACCCAACCCCGACGUAGAGGGGUGCAGAAGGGAGGGCUCUGCCUCUCUCUUUCUCAGGGGUUUGGCAACUUUUAAGACCUGUAGAUUUAAUCGUGGGGGAUUCUGGGAGUUGAAGUCCAGACUGGGAUCCUUGCACACUUCCAGGGCUGCCCAAUUAGGAUUGUGAGUGUGCCAGCAGGGAGGGAGGGAGGGAGUUUGAAGUCACAAGGCAGCCGCUGUGGAACACCAGCCCUGUUUUAUUUGAAGCACGCAAUGCUCUCCAAAGAGACCACUGCCCACCUUUGUAGAAGGGUCUCCAAAUGAAAAGUAGUGCCUUAUGGGUCCUUAAAGAGGCAGGAUUCGCACGGGGUGCGUUUCCCCACAAUGCCCUCCUCCCUUGCCAGCCACAAAUGUUUUCCCAGACACAUUCAAUAAAUUCUGCUUUUCAAAUAGC